AUGCCUAAAGCGUUAGACCAAUCCACGAGUCAAUCCACUUCGCAAGGCAUUAAUCUCAGUACCCUGCGACGUAAACGCGGCAAUAUUGUUGGGCACAUUACCGCAUUCUCAAAGCUCCUCGAUACCGCGAAAAAGUCCGAGCAACGCGAUUUAGGACUUUUACGGGCACAUUUAACGAAUUUAUACGAAAUCUGGGAUCGUUUCGACGCUAUUCAGCUGGAACUGGAAGAGGCUGACGAAAGCGAAGUACCGCGGCGUUACCAAAUCCAUGGAGAUUACAUUGCGGUGGUCGCAAGUGCGAAUGCACUCAUCGAGGGAGACCGUCCUAGGAUGCCCCCUCGACGCAUCACCACAGACUCUUCCGCGCCCUCCGUAACGGCCCCGAUGGCAAUUAAAUUACCAGAGAUGCGAUUGCCAACGUUUGAUGGGAAAAUCGAGAAUUGGGCAUCGUAUUUUGAGAGUUUUUCUUCAAUGAUUGAUCAAAAUGCAGAUUUAUCACUUGUUCAAAAAUUACAAUAUUUACGAUCAACACUCACUGGGAAGGCCGCCGCGUGUAUCCAAUCGUUAAGCACAACGGAUUCUAACUAUGCAGAUGCGAUUGAAUUAUUAAAAGAGAAAUUCGAUUGUAAACGCAGAAUCUUAUUAAAGCAUUGUAACGCGAUAAUCGGAUUGCCGAAAAUAACGCGGGAUUCGCCAGAGGCAUUAGGUGAUCUCGUCGAUACCGUUCGCCAAAAUUUGCGGUCGUUAAAAAAUUUAGAGGUCGACACGUCUUCUUGGGAUAGCAUUCUUAUAGCGAUCAUUCUCACAAAGUUAAGCACUGAAACCGUGUAUCAGUGGGAAUUAUCUUUAAAGGAUAAGCAAAUGCCGACCUUUGCGAGUUUGCUCGAAUUUUUAGAUAAACGCGCAAACUGCAUAAUCAUGACUCAUCAAAAGCCAGCGCAAACAGACGGACAACACAACCGCGGUCCACCAGGAAAAUCGAUUGUUAAACAAUCUUCGCGAAGCCACGCUUUCGUGACCACGACUCGCGCGAAUGAGACACAGAAUUCCCGUGAGACGGUAAAACCAAGCGGGACAUUCGCGAAUUAUCCACGAUGCCCGAUUUGUCAGGAUGAACACGGUAUUUGGCGCUGCGAAAAAUUCCACGCGUUAUCAGUCGGUGCACGAUUGUCGGCUGUCAGGAAGGCCUCGCUGUGCUCAAACUGUUUAAGAGCCGAGCACAAUCUAGAACUCUGUAAAAAGGGUUCGUGUCGCAUAUGCAAAAAGCACCAUCAUACGCUACUGCAUUUACCGACGCAGGUUGUCAACCGCCCGACAACCACCCCGCCGACAAAGCUCAGCACAUCGGCAGGCACAUCGGCAGGCGCAUCGGCAGGCACACCUGCAGACACGCAGGUAGACACUGGCGAAUGA